AUGGACAACAAGGGUAAUAAUAGGCGAUUGACAUUGGACACGAAAAUGAUUAUGGACAGGAAGAAUGACAAGGAUAGGGAAACAGAGGAGGCGGUUGAUUGGACAGAUGAGAAUGAAGUCUUCCUCACGCCCACUAGGGUGAAUAAGGAGGUGCAACCAAGGGGGGGCAUGGACCCGUUUGUUGCAAGGAAUAUGGUGGCUAGGUCACCGGUCAGAAGGAUGGCUAACACCAGUCUAAGCAAGGGGGUGGCUUUACGGUACGAGACUGAGUCGGAGACGGAGUCGGAAGCCGAUGGCUCCAUACAGGAGAGUGGUGAGGAUAGACAAAUCAGGGAAACGGUUACGAAUGUCUAUCGGGGGGUAAAAAGGGUGGGGAUGUAUCUGACGACGGAGAAGCAUAUUAGCCAUGAGGCGAAAAGUACGAUAUGUGACGUGUAUAAGGAGCUCAAGGCACUGAAGAAAUGUUUGAAGGAUAGUAGGGCCAGGGAAAUACGGACCUUAGAAGAGCUUAGGAGUAUGAGGGGGGAGAUGGAAAAGAUGAUGGAGAGAGAUAGGGAUAGAGAGCUGGAAAUGGAAAAGAUCAGACAUAGGGAGAAGGAAAGAGAAAGAGUAAUGAGAGAGGAGGUGGAAAGGAUCAAAGAAAGAGAUGAGGAGAGGGAAAGGGAGAUGGGCGAACUUAGGAAAAGGAUAGGUAGAAGGGAGGAAGCUAGCAGCGUCAGUAAACGCAAAAACAGGUCGCCAAACACAGAGAUAGAACACAACGUGUUGACCAGGAGGGUUAGACGUAAAGAGGAACUGGGCCAUGACGUUAUACAUGAGAUAGGUGAAGGGGAUGAGGAGGGGGAAAAGACAGAGAGCAGGGAAACUAAUGGCAGCGGUAUGGGGGAUAUUAAUAGGAAUGGAAGAGGGCCGGCAAACAAUGAGGCGGGGGAAUGGAGUAUUGUUGAUAGGCGGAAAGAAAAGAGGAAAGGGUCAGAGGGGACGCCACGGGGACAAAAGGUACCACUAGGAGCGGGGGCAAACGAGGAUAGAGUAAUGAGGGAAGAGUCAGGAAAGGGAAAUAGGGGAGGAGCAAGGGCUAAGGAACCAAGGGUAGGGGUUGGACGCACGGGACCCAGGAACGAGGCCAUUUGCGUUACAGCUGGGGAAAAAACGUAUGCGGAGGUGUUCAAGGAGAUAGCUAGUAAGGCUAAAGGAUGCCUUAACGAUAUCAAAAUGGUGAGACGGUCGAGGAAGGGGGACCUUAUAGUGGAAUACGCUAAGACGGGAAGUGCCGCCAAAGGAGCUGAGGCCAUUCAUAAUGGGCUCGGCGAAGGUUUCAGCGUUAGAACGAUGGUGCCUAAAGUGGAGGUGCAGAUUAGGGAUCUUGAUCCCAUCUGUGAUACACAGGAGAUUAUCGAGGGAUUUUGUAAGGCAUAUGACGUCGCAGACAGGGGGGAAGUGCGAGUCAAAUUGUUGAGGACAACAUACAUGGGUACACAACUGGCGAUCCUUGAGGCACCAGCGGCGCUGGCAGCCAAAAUCGAGACAAAGGAUAGGGCCAAAAUCGGCUAUAUGUCGGCAAGAGUGAGGGUGGCGCCUAGAGUGCUUAGAUGCUUCAGGUGUCAUGACUUCGGGCACAUGGGGGCGGACUGCACCAAUAAGGGGGAGGGUGUGACGAUAUGUAGGAGAUGCGGAAACGAAGGGCAUGUUAUGAGUACUUGUACCAAUGUGCCGUCUUGCAUCCUAUGUCAAGGAAGGGGUUUACCGGAUAACAGUAGACGGCAUGUGGCAGGAUCUUUCCGGUGUCCACGUUACCAGGAGGCUCUGAGGGGGAACAGGGCCAACAACAAGAGCAAGCCUAAUAAGUUGAGCCGGGAUGCGUUGCCUUCAGAUUAA